AUGGCUACCGGCCCCAACGCCGCAAACGAGGCGUCCACCGAUGACGCUCGACCGGAGCACCGCCACCAGCAAGACAACUCUCACUUCAGGAGUUCGACUGAAUCCCACCAGAUCCACACCAUGGACUCUUCGUCGUUAGAAAAAGACGCCGACAAGACAGAAGUCGCAAGUGAGGCGCCUACGCGCAACGUGCAAACGGAGCGGCGACACAAGAAGGACUACUUCCCUUUCAUGGAACUCCCCUCAGAACUGCGCCUCGAGAUCUACCGCAUGGCCCUCUCGCGUCCGAAGCCCAUACUUCUCCACAUGCCCCGUCCGUCCGAAAAGGAGCAGAACCAAGGCGACUAUCAAUGGGAGACGGAGGAAACGCCCGAGUCAGGCCUGCCCGACGACCGUGCGAGCAACAACACCAAUGCCAAUACGAAUAACGAUGCCGACGGGCUCCUCCUCCAACCCCGUCGCGGUGUUCCAGACCGCCGCAGCGAAUCGAGAAGACAACUGCCGACGGGCGACAACGGCAUAAACACCGACCCGCUUGUGCCUGCGCUACUGCGCGUGUCGCAGCUCAUCUACCGCGAAUCCCGACCCGUGCUAUACUCUGAUAAUGAGCUGGUGCUGCACCUACCCAGCGCGCUGUGCACGCUGUCGCAGCUACACCAGCGCAGCCGUAGUUUAAUCAAGCAUGUCAGACUUGCCAUUCCCACACAUCAUGAUAUUCUGGAAGGGUUUGCGGACUUGGUGCGCCUCGGGCUGCGGUACUGCUGGGGCCUGAAGACGUUUACGAUAAGCCUGCCGGACAUGUUUCCGGAGGAGCGCCACGUUCCUUCGAGCACGACGAACGUGUACGCCAACGCCUUCCACAUCCUGCGCUGGUUGCCUAAGAACACGCUCGUGCAAUUGGAAGGGAACGUGCACGAGGAGAUCCGCAAGGUGGUCGAGGAGAACGGCCAGCUGUCAAAAAAGCUUAAUGAGAAGGAGUAUCUCCGUCGACAGCACCAGAUGCCGGACCGUCGCUGA